AUGCAGACGAUUUUAAUACUUUUUCUUUGGUGCAUUAUUGGUGUCGUUUCACGCUAUAGACAAUCUUCUGAAGACGUGUAUGAUCCACUACUAUCAUCUGACGAAGAACUAACUGAACGAUCAUUUUCGGACAAAGAUAUACGUGACUUAUUUCUACUACAAGAUAGUUUAGUAAAACGAGCCAACAGUGGACAAGCAACUUACUACACUGUCGGAGGUGGUUAUACAGCAUGCGGAUCCAGACAUAAUGAUAAUGAAGCUAUAGCUGCUUUGAAUUCUGCACAAUUUGAUCCACAAACGCCAGGUGGAAAUCCAAACAGAAAUACGUUAUGCAACAGACGUGUACGGGUUAACGGUCCCAAAGGAUCGGUUGAAGUCAGCAUUGUUGAUCGAUGUCCAGGAUGCGGUUGGGGAAGUUUGGAUUUAUCACCAUCGGCAUUUCAAAGGAUAGCUGGAUCACUAGACGUUGGCAGAGUAAAUAUUAACUGGGAUUGGAUUUGA